GGAAGAGGGAGAGGAGAGGAAGGACAGCUUUGUGUUUGAAGGAAAAGUUUUGGAGCAGUGGAUUGUCGUCGUUGAGGAUGGAGGGGCGGAUGUUGUUGUUGUUGUCGGUGGUGGUGCUUGGGAGUCUAAUUAGUCAGGCUUGGACGUCGUCGCAGAUUCACCGAAAACACUCAGAGCUUCACACAAUGCACCCGUGGAGAGGGCACAACAGUGGGAGAGUAAAACGAGACUGGAUCAUUCCUCCAAUCAGAGUCCUGGAAAACAGCAAGCAAAUUCCUGAAGAUCUCGUACAGAUUAAAUCGGACAAGAUCUUCACCGGUGAGGUCAUCUACAAACUGGAGGGACCCGGAGUGGACCAAGAACCCAAGAACUUUUUCGAGAUUGACGACAAAACUGGGGUCAUCCGGAGCAAGCGACCUCUGGACCGAGAGAAACACAGAAGCUUCACGCUCAAAGCGUUUGCACUGUCCCCCAGUGGAGAGAGGCUGGAGAAUCCCACAACUAUAGAGAUCAUGGUCCUGGAUCAGAAUGACAACAGGCCGGCGUUCACUAAAAGUCAGUUUGAAGGGUCUGUGGCAGAGUUCUCCAUCCCAGGAACGUCAGUGAUGUCCGUCUCCGCUGAAGACGCAGACGACCCCAUGACUGACAACGCCAUGUUGAGCUACACCAUUCUGUCCCAGGAAAGUGUCCCAGCAAACGCCGUGACCAAGACGAUGUUUGGAAUCAACAACCAGACCGGAACGAUCUACACCAGAGACGUGGGGCUGGACAGAGAGGUUGUCAGAAGUUUCAGGCUGAAGCUGCAGGUGGCUGAUAUGUCGGGCAUGGGGCUGACGGGUGAAGGUGUGGCCGUCAUACAGGUGUCCGACAUCAACAACCACGCGCCCCAGUUCAGCCCCGUCAAGUACAACAUGUUGGCAGUGGAGAACAGACAGGACUACGAGGUGGGACGGGUGAACGUGACAGACAGAGACGAAAGAGGAACGGGAAACUGGGAGGUCAAAUACUCCAUUUACAACGACCCACACAGGAGUUUUUCCAUCACGACAGACCCCGAAACCAACCAGGGAAUCCUCACUGUCGUCAAGCCGUUGGAUUAUGAAGCGCAGCACGAGUACACGCUGGUCCUCACUGUGGAGAACGUGAACGCUCUGAGUCAUAAAGCCCCAAACCUCCCCGUGAGCUCGGCCACGGUGACGGUGACUGUCGUGAAUGAAAACGAAGCUCCGCAUUUCAGAGAAGAUCCCAUAAACGUCGUGGUGAAAGAGUCUGCGCCUACGGGGACAUUACUCAAGUCCAACAUCGCCUACGAUCCUGACAAUUCAGAGCUGAGGUACGAGAUCAGCAGAGAUCCAGAGCGUUGGUUGGACAUUGAUCGAGUGACAGGAGACAUCAGCGUGAAGAGAACGUUCAACAUGAGGUCUCCACAUGUGAGAAACAGCGUCUACACGGCUGCGGUCAAGGUCACAGACUCUGGGGGCGUGUCCACGACUGCGACGCUGACCAUCACUCUGAAGGAGACCAAUGACUUUGCCCCUGAGCUGUCCCCCCUGAGCGGGUCUGUGUGUAAAGACGCACGCAAGAAAAACUCCGGCUUGAUUCUGACGGCUACAGACGAAGACUUUUCCCCACACGCCGCUCCCUUUGUCUUUGAAAUGCUGGAGGACACGUCCAUCAACUGGACUGUCAUUCAAAUAAACGACACUCACGCUCUGCUCCAGCCUCUCGUGGACCUGGAGCCUGGGGAGUACGCGGUGGCUGUGCUGGUGUCAGACUCGGGCCGCCCGGUGCUCGGAGCCAUAUCUCAGGUCAACGUCACCGUGUGUCUCUGUGAUUCUUUUGGAGACUGUAAAUCAGAGGCAGGGGCCAUUUUUGGAGCCACGGUGGGAAUAAACUUCAUCGCUCUCAUCAUCAUAAUGGCCUGCAUCGCACUUCUGCUGUUGCUGCUCCUCCUCGCCGUGGCCAUAACCUCCUGUGGAAGACGCCAUCACAUAAAGAAAGGGACAGGCCUGCUGGGCGGAGAUUCAGAAGACGACAUUCGAGACAAUGUCCUUAACUACGACGAGCAAGGAGGCGGCGAGGAGGACGAGAACGCUUUCAACAUUGACAUGCUGUGGAACCCCCGUGACGCUCCCUCCACUCCCGGGUCGUACUGUCCCAUGCCGGGCCCGAGAGGGAAACAGCCUUUGAGGAGAGACGCUCCGCACAAUCUGCCCUCACCCACGUACCCCCGGAGACCCCCCGCUGACCCCACAGACAUCGAGGACUAUAUCAAUGAUGGCCUGGAAGCAGCCGACAAUGAUCCAAAUGUGCCUCCUUAUGACACAGCCUUGAUCUACGACUUUGAGGGAGAGGGUUCACUGGCAGGAAGUCUCAGCUCCAUCGCCUCAGGCAGCUCAGACGGAGACCAGGACUAUGACUACCUCAACGACUGGGGCCCCCGCUUUAAGAAACUGGCCAAUUUGUACGACCCACGCUAGCUCUGAUGGAAAAACUGCUGAAAAAGACAGAAUUAACAGACGCGUUUAAGGCUCAAGUGUUUCUCUGGGAGCAUUAAAGAGGUUGUGUUGUAGGACCUGACAAAGCAAAGCCAAGGAAAAGCAAAUCAAAGUGGACUUAAAUAAAAGGUGCCUGUGAUUUCUUCUGAAGGUUAUGGGCUGAUUCUACUCCAGCGGUUUGGUGUAAACUUUGUGAAUAGCUCAGGAGAUCACACAGCGCUAGGACGGAGGCUGUGACUUGUGUGUUUUUGUGUUUUCUCAGACAUAAAGUGACGGUGCAUUCAGUCUGAGAUUUCAAAACUUGUUAAUGUAUUUCUUUUUUUUUUUAUAAUUGAUUUUAUAAGGAAAAUCUGCAGUUUGACUCUUUUGAUAUUGUAAAUCCUCCAUUCCAGUGAUGUUUCUUUAUUCUUUAAAAUGAUUGAACAAAAUGGCAAUACUGUUUUGACAUUUCUGUGUUACUCAUGUGUACGGAGGAAUCACUUUUUGUUUGCGUUUUAUUGAAGUUUUGAAUGAAUUACAAAAUAAAUGUGCAUUUUUCUCUUGU